AUGGUUCUGGGUCUGGACAAACGAUACUUGUGGAGCGCCCUGCCGCUGUUGGGAUUCGCCAUUGGACACUUCCUGGACAAGAAGGAAACGGAACGGAUGACCAUGUUCCGUGACAAAAGUGCUCUGUACGGUCGACCAGGAGGCAGCGAUAAGGAACCGUCUUGGUAAUCCUUCCGGCUAUCAUCUCCUGCAGUCUUAGCGUAAUCCCAUGUUUUUUUUCGCUGUUAAACAAUAAACCGUAAAAUGGCCUGGUGAA